CGGUGUUUGACGCGUAUAGGUAUUGUACCGAAAAUUGACUUUUGUGUUUUCAGCUUUGUGUUUGUAAAUGUACUUAUUUGUAACGUUGUAAGUUGUCUGAAGUUUUAAAAAAUUGAUUUUAUCAAUAAAAAUCUUCAAGCUGUCCUAAUUAGGCGGGCAGAAUGUUAAAAUUCAUACGAGGCAAGGGGCAACAACCCUCUGCUGAACGGCAGAAGCUUCAGAAUGAGUUGUUCGCUUUCCGUAAGACAGUACAACACGGCUUUCCACAUAGAGCGUCAGCACUAGCAUGGGAUCCGCUACUCAGGCUGUCGGCUAUCGGAACAGCCACGGGCGCCCUAAAGGUCUAUGGACGACCUGGGGUCGAGCUGUACGGACAACACACAAACCCAGACGCGGCGGUCACGCAAAUACAUUUUAUACCCGGAACCGGCCGUUUAAUAUCACUAUGCGACGACAACAGCCUACACCUAUGGGAAAUAAAUGAGAAGUCACUAGUGGAGUUAAAAAGUCAUGCUUUCGAAGGCAAGAAUAAGAAAAUAUCAGCGAUGUGUAUGGAGUCGUCGGGCAAGAAUUUGUUACUUGGUACUGAGGGAGGAAACAUUUACACCCUUGAUGCAGGCAGUUUUAGUAUGAGCGAAGAUGUCAUUUAUCAAGAUGUUGUUAUGCAGAACUGUCCAGAAGACUUCAAAGUAAAUCCUGGUGCCGUGGAAUCUGUUUGUGAACAUCCGAAAAUUCCGACCAAAAUCUUAAUUGGAUACAACAGGGGCUUAGUCGUUCUAUGGGAUAGACAGACAUCAACACCUACACAUACCUUUGUAUCCAAUCAGCAGUUGGAGAGCUUGUGUUGGAAUGACGAAGGCGAGCACUUCACAUCGUCCCAUAACGACGGUUCGUACGUAACGUGGGAGGUUGCGGGCGCGUCCAGCGAUCGUCCGCUCAAAGAGCCCGUGACGCCCUACGGGCCUUACCCUUGCAAGGCGAUUACGAAGAUACUCAAUAGAAAUAGUGUUCAUGGGGACGAGAUUAUUAUAUAUGCAGGUGGAAUGCCCCGAGCAUCGUAUUCAGAUAAAUACACCGUGACAGUACAACAAGGCGAGAAACAUGUCGCAUUUGACUUUACAAGUCGGGUGAUUGACUUCUUCACAACUACCUCGGUACCACCAGAUGGAACGCCCUUGCAAGAAGAUCGUCCACAGACUCCUACUCAGAUUCAAGUGCAAACUGUAAAUCAAGUCGCCGCUGCCUUGGUGGUCCUAGUGGAAGAAGAAUUAGUGGUGAUAGAUCUAUGCGAUGCAAAAUGGCGGCCAUUGCGUCUGCCCUAUCUCGUGUCGAUACACGCCAGUGCUAUCACAACCGCGUACCUUGUGGACAAUGUGGCUGAUACAGUUUACGAUAAUAUUGUUGCUGCCGGUGAGAAGCAAAUCGAGGAUGUAUACUCAGACAGUGCUUGGCCCAUAUCCGGUGGUGACGUGGAGCCAAGCGAAUCGGCCGACCGUCAAAUCCUCCUGACUGGCCACGAAGACGGCUCCAUUCGCUUCUGGGAUGUCAGCGGCGUGGUUAUGACGCCCUUGUACAAAUAUACCACAUCGCAUCUCUUUAGUGGUGAAGAAAUCGGCGAGAAUAAUGACAGUCAAAACGAAGAAGAAGAAUGGCCUCCCUUCAGACGCGUCGGCACUUUUGACCCAUACAGCGAUGACCCGCGACUCGCAGUUAAACGGGUAAUACUUUGCCCGUUAUCCGGUAUGCUGACAAUUGGUGGUGCAGCAGGACAUAUAGUGAUGGCCAGUUUGAAAAAUAGUCCUUCCACCGCUGAAGUAAAGUCAUUAUCUGUGAACAUAGUGUCAGAUCGCGAUGGCUUUGUAUGGAAGGGACACGAUCAACUCACAUUACGUUCGGGUGCGCUCACUUUCCCUCAAGGAUAUCAGGCAAGUGCUGUGGCCCAAAUAUCUCCUCCAGCGGCCAUAACAUCGUUGGCUGCGCAUUGGGAGUGGGGCGUAGUUUGUGCGGGCACCGCCCACGGUCUCGCCCUUAUCGAUGCGUUUACGUCUACGCCUCUAAUACAUAAGUGCACGCUGAAUCCACAUGACCACUCUGGAGCUGGUGAUACACCUAUAUCUAGAAGGAAAUCCUUCAAGAAAUCGUUGAGGGAAUCGUUUAGAAGACUUCGGAAAGGACGUUCACAAAGACGGCAGACGACUGCAGCUAGUCCCACAUCGCCAGCACAGCCCGCCAAGAAGGUUGUCGAAAAGAUAGCAGAGAACGACGAGGCCGUGAAGCCCAUUGAGCGUGCCGUUGAAGCGAGGUCUAAUGAUGACGCCUUUGGCUCUAUGGUUCGAUGUCUCUACUUCGCACGCACUUUCCUUAUUAACACACAACAUUCCGUACCAACACUAUGGGCGGGCACGAAUAACGGGACGGUAUACGCGUUCACCAUUAACGUACCCGGUGCAAAUAAACGGAAAGAAGAUCCUGUUACAUGUCAACUAGCGAAAGAAAUUCAAUUAAAACAUAGAGCUCCCGUGAUAAGUAUCACAGUACUUGAUGGCGCGAGUGUACCUUUACCUGAUCCGUUAGAAGUCGAAAGAGGUGUGGCCCCACUGCCCGAGAGCGGAACCCACCGAGUGCUGAUCGUAUCUGAAGAGCAGUUCAAAGUGUUCACUUUGCCGUCACUGAAGCCGCACAACAAAUACAAGCUCACAGCACACGAAGGAGCACGGGUCCGACGCACAUCAUUCGCUUGGUUUGAAUGCGCAAGCGGUUCCGAAAGACAUCGCGAGUGGUGCCUGAUGUGCCUCACCAAUUUGGGAGAUUGUCUGCUCCUCGCCACCGAUCUGAGGAGACAAGUUAACGCUGCCGCCGUCAGGAAGGAGGAUAUCAACGGUAUUUCAACUUUAUGUUUCUCGAAACGUGGCGAAGCUCUCUACUUGCAUUCAUCGUCGGAACUUCAGAGAAUAACUUUGUCAGCUACUAAGGUGACGAUAGCACAAUGCCACGUGGGCCUUUCACCUUGGGCAUUAGCUUUAAAGAGUGCGGCCGAAGAGACCCCACUCACUAAUGGAGAGCACAAGGAAGAAACAGCCGAAACGACUCACGACGUGACGGCAGCGUCAGCCGACAUCACUGUAGACUCAGUCAGGGAUCACACCCAACCCACCUCCGAAGUACCACCGGAACUGAAUAUCAAUUUGCAGAAUUCGCAAGUGAACACAAGUUCAAUGGUGGUUAAGACGACGACUCGAACGACUGUCAACGAAAACAAUGUUGAUGGCGCCACCACCACCACGAACACCACUUCAGAAAACAUCCUAGAGCACAGUCGCGAGGAAGGAGUCAUCACGCGCAUUGAGACGGGAACCGUGACGGUCCCAGCCGGAACAGACCCGAAGCUGAUCCUCGAAAUGUUUGACCGGCAAAGGUCCCCACUCGCCGUGCCCGUUCCGCCCGCCGCUACGCCCACCGAAUCCUAAAGCUAAAAAUUGACGAACCACCUUUCAAUGUAAUGUUGGACAUUCACGCGAGAAUAGAUGUUCAAAUCGAAUUAUAUUUUGGUCGACCGAUUAAUACAUACCUUAACGAUUGGAUCAAUUGUUUUUUACUUAUAUCCGAUAUGUUUUGGGGCAUGUGACUUUGAAUGUCCAAUGUCAGCUGUCAAGAAUAUUUGACCUGUCAAGGAUGUUUGAAAGCAUUGUAUGCGCUGUCAUUGUACAAUUAUGUUGUAUGUGACAACAUUUUUUAAUUACUAGCCCCAAUUUCAAUUUGUACUAAUAUAUCGUAUAGGAAUAAUUUAUUAUAUUUUGUAAAUUUUAUUCUUUCUUGUAAGCGUAUUUUAUAAGUAAUUAUUGCAUUUUAUAUUUACGUAAGAUUUAUAUUUUGCCCUUACAAUUUUAAUACGAAUGUUUGGCAAUUAUAUUAAGUUUGACAAUGUUGUAAUAUGCAGUACUUAAAUUGUACGACUUUUUGUAUUACUUAUAUUUUACCAUAAUUUUAGUACAAAAGUUUAAUGGCCAUAGCACUUGUACGAUUCAAGUGGAAAUUUUUCAUACAAUUAGUUUAGUUGCAAUAUUUUUUUAUGUACCAGCUUGCUUGAGUAUUAAAGUAAUUAUUUAAGUGACAACUAAGUUCUAUUUUCAAAAUAGAAAUUAAUUUAAGACCGCAUUUUAUUGAUAAUCAAUUUAUUUUUACCAAUUUUUAAUUCCUAAUUUUAGCUAAUCAAUUUAAAAUUGGCAGCUUUAUCAUUAAAGUUUUGAAUUUGAUGUAAAUAGUUACAUGAUUAUUGCAUUAUUUAAUUAUGGCAACACUUGAUUUUGUAUUUUACAUCACAAUGUUUUAAGGGAAUGAUUAUUGUUUUUAGUUUUAUAUUUUAUUUUAAUUAUAAGUUGUAUGUGCCUAAAUGCCUCUGAAAUUGGCAUUUUUCGUCCAGAAUGCUUCAGUUUUAUUAUUGUACAAUUAUCCUUGUGCUAUUGUAGUAUUUUUAAAUUUGAUACGAAACAUGCUCUUUGUAUCCAAUUCUAACACGAAAAUAAAACAUAAGAAAUAAAGA